UUGGAAUGGCAGCUAAUAUGUUGUUGUAGUUGACGUUUUUAAAUUAGAUACGAACUUUGUAUUAUCCUAGAAAAUUAAAUGGAGAUUCGGUAGUAUACAGUGGUGUACGUCAGCUGUAGGCGUGUAUUGAGUGAAUCCUUGUCUGCCAUGAUUGGUUCGAAGCGUCUAUCGGGAAGAAGUGUACAGAUUUUCGCAUAAUGUGCAACAGACACACCUUAUGUAGUAGUUUAGUGGGGAGCUGACUGACAAACAUAGUUCUGCAAUAUUUCUUUUUGUAAUUAGUGAAUCAGGAUGGUUGUGGAUCAGGUGCCUCGACAUCUGUUUCACAAGAUGCAGCCAACAGGAAUGUCACCAAAAGAGCUGUCGGAGAAUGACGAUUUGGCGACGUCAUUAGUUCUUGAUCCUCAUUUGGGUUUUGUUACUCACAAGAUGAACAUCAGGUACAGACCUUUAAAAGCAAACAAAGAAGAAUUGAAAGGAAUUAUAGAAGAGUUCAUAGUGACACAAAAUUAUGAAAAGGCAUAUAAUCGUUUAAUAUCUGGUGAAUGGAUGCCACGGAUGACACAUUUCAAGUCGAAGCAGCAGCAACUGCGCUUAGAGGAACAUAUAUAUCGCUAUUUACGAGUCUUCGACAAAGAUUCUGGUUUCAUUAUUGAGCCUUGUUAUCGAUAUUCUCUUGAAGGACAGAAAGGUGCAAAGAUAUCGGCCACAAAAAAAUGGUACAAGAAUGAAAAAAUACCAUGUUUGGUUGGUUGUAUAGCAGAACUGACAGAGGAAGAAGAAGCAAUGCUGCUACAUCCAGGAAAAAAUGAUUUUUCUGUGAUGUUCAGCUGCCGCAAGAAUUGUGCACAACUGUGGCUUGGGCCAGCAGCAUUCAUAAAUCAUGAUUGUAGAGCAAAUUGUAAGUUUGUGGCAACUGGAAGGGAUACUGCUUGUGUGAAGGUUCUUAGAGAUAUUGAAGUUGGAGAAGAAAUUACAUGUUUCUAUGGAGAGGAUUUCUUUGGAGAUGGGAAUUGCUAUUGUGAAUGCGAGACAUGUGAGAGGAGGGGAACUGGAGCAUUUGCUAAAGGAAAACCUAAUAGUGAUGAACUUAGCUCUGGUUACCGAUUGAGAGAGACUGAUAACCGUUUAAAUCGAACAAAACAUCGACAGAACCCUGUGCAAAAGCCAGAGUUUGUGGGGGAAAGAGAAUUGAUUGACAGUGCAGUCAAUAACAGGUCAUCUGCCAGCAGUGAAGCUAAAACAUCUAUUGUUGCUCCUUUAAGCAUUAAGGAACUACGGCAAAAGGGAUUAACAAAAUAUGAUGCAGAACUGCUGAUUGCAGCCCAAGGAUCUAAAUUUUCGGAUAUUGAACAUGCAGUUAGCAGUGGAACACGUAGAGGAGUUGAGAAGAUGACGGCAGUGUCCACCACGCAAGAAUCUUCUGCUGCAUCUUUACCACUUGGAAAGGCCAGCACCGAACGAAUUGCAAAAGAACGUAGUGAAAGGAUAACUAGAAGGGAAGUUAUGCGUUCAGGUUGUCAUUCAUUAAAGUCUGUUCGCUCAGGUGGUUCCAGUCGAUCCCAACGGCUUUUGCGCAAAGCGCAGACGAGGUCGGAAUUAAAGACAAUGCAGUUAAAUUCUUCACAGGUUGACGAUGAUGAUGAUAAUGUUACUCUUUCAAACUUAAUUAGUCGCAGUUCAUCAUCUUUGACAGAGGAUACUCAAAAUAGUAAUAGUAAUUGCUCUAGCAAUAGCAACAGUAGCUGCAUCAGCAGUCUUAGCAGCCUUAGCAAUGACAGUGGGGUAGUUUCUGACAGUGAUGGGCAGAAAGAUUGCUGUGACAUGCAGGUAGGGGCUGAUGCACCUGAGGGCGAGACUUGCGGGAUCACCUUAAGGAAUCACAAAAGGUUGAAUGAACUUUCAGUAGAUGCUUGCCUUGUCACAGAGAGAGCUGUUAGUUGUAGCAUAGAUCAUCAGGUGGAAUCUAAUUGUGUUGUAGAAUGUCAGAUGCCAGAAUCACGGCAAGAUGAAACUAUUGAGAGACUCAGUGAAGUGACACCCGUGUCGCAUUCACCAGUCAGCAAUACUACGCAAGCUGAAUGUGAGGAUAAAAGAGCAAUGUUUGAAGUCCUUCAGGAAACUAACGAAGAAACUACAUGUGAGCCAUUGAAAGCAGUUGUUGAUAAUAAAACUGUAGAGAAUGAAAACGAGUAUUCUGAUGUUGUAGUGGAAGCAGAACAGUCUUUCAGUAAUAAUAAUAAUAAUGAUGAUAAUGAUAAUGAUGAUGAUGUGGAUGAUGAUUAUGAUGAAAAUAUUCCGAAUAAGAAUGAGACUGAUAGUUGUGCUGAUUCAGAUGUUGGUAUGGAAAAUGGACACACUGCAACAUUUGAUACUGGAGCAAAUGAGAGCUUUCUUGAAGACGAUAGCGGCCAUCAAAGUGGCCAGUCGUGUUCAACGAUAAAUGUAGAUUCCCAGUGUGAACUUCUAGGAGAACCUGCUGUUGCACCACUGUCUAAUCAAAACCUACAUUGUAGUGAGCUUCAUGUGAAUAACAGUGUGGAAAAUAAUUUUAGUUCUGUGACCCAGUACACAGAAAGGACGAAGGAUAUCUAUGAAUUUAGUGACAAAGAAGAUAGUGAUUUAGCUGAACCCCAACGUUUUUGUCGUUCUAGGUUGUUAGGUAAUUCUCUUGGUAGUAAUUCAGUUAGAUCACAAACAUUGUGUAACAGUGCUAUUGAAUGUUGGAAUAAAAGUUCUUGUGAGGUGAGAGAGACAUCAGUAAAAGUGCACCACACAGCAGACACCGAAUGUGCUCGUGAAAAUAAUAUGUCCAAACAUUCGCUAUCAUUAAGUGCGCCGAUGCCACCCCCUAAACCAAGUGAGCCAGGACGUUUAAAACUAACACUGCGCAUGAAGCGUAGUCCAAUGUUGGACGAAAUUAUAGAAUCUGGAUCAAAUUUCAGUGAUGACAGUUUUGCUCCUGAGUAUGAAAUUCUAAGGGUUGAAGGUGUAGAAAAUGAGAAUCUUAUGAGAGGGAGUCAUAAAAAUGGUUCUCAUAGAAAGAAGAGGCACAAAUCUAAGGAUAGAGAAAAGAAGCAUAGACGGUUAAAAGAACUUAUGAAUCGACAAACUUUUGACGAUAUAAACGAAGAAAAUAACAUUUUUCGAAAAAGUGAAUGCAACAGCUUCUAUUCUUCUUCGAGCAAGGUGGAAACUUUCGUUCGCCCGCCCAUGAAACGCUUAAGACUGAUAUUAGGUAACGAGACUCAUACUAUUGAUAUACCAGCUACUGCCACAACAGCACCCAUUUCAAAAUCAGCUUAGUUUGAAAUUACUUGAGUUUAACGUCUUUCAUGCAAUUAAUGUAUGGCUCUGGUAGCCCUCAGUAGAGUUAUCAUUGGAGCCCAUAAUUGAAGAGUAUUUAGUAAGAUUUCAUUAGUCUGACAGUUUCAGAACAAUAUUGCAGAAGUCUAAUAAUUCUAUUUUGUUGGGCUUAUUACCCUAAUUGGAAAUUCAAACUUAACAUGCAAAAACUAGUUUUGCAUUUGCCUAACAAAGCGCAAAAAGAAGAGGUUUCUGUUGUAAUUUCAUGGAGUGAUCGAAAGUUUCUACUUGUAAAUGGAUAUAUUUUUGCAUUGAAAUUCAUAAAAGAAUAUCUGUUGCCAUUAGUUGACACAGUAAUUAUGUAAUAAUUGAUGCCUUAGACAAUUUGACUCUCUAAAAUUUGUAUUGAGGUUUGUGUUUUACAUAUUUACGUACCAUUUUAUGUACAGCCACACAAAGUUUUGUGGUUGUAGAUCUUCUGUUCUUCUCAGAUGGUAAUACAUAAUGCACUUCUGAAUCUGUUCUGUCAUUUACAUAAAAGUUUUGCGGCAUGUACAUGUGUGAAAUUUGAUUGAAUAAGAUACAUAAAUUAAGACAUGGUAUAACUUAGCUAGCAUUGUAAAGAAAAUGAAAAGGCAGUGUGUUUGCAAAUGCCCUUUAUAUCAUCUUCCACCUUUGUAUCAUCAUAAAUAUCUAAACACAGUGUGCAAAGUUUGAUAUUGGUUUAUAAGUUGAAAUUAAUAUUGGUUUAUAAGUUGAGAUUAAUAUUUUAAAAUGCAGUGAGUUGUAAAAUUCAUGGCAACUAAAAUAUUGAAAAUUUCAGUUAAGAGUUAAAAUGAAAAGGGGAUGAUGUUUGUUUGAAGUAAUGCUUUGUUAAAAGCACUCCUCUCCUGCUUUGACUUAUACAGUGUUUCAUUAUCAUUGUGUUUAGAAAACGAUAAACAGUAUUUGUUCUAGUAAUGAACAAUAUUGGUAAUUUUACUAAAGUCACAGAUUCGAAUAUUGCAUUGCUUCCAAAUGGGCAAAAACACUUCUGCCUUUUGAGUAUGUCAACCUGACCAGUGUCAUUUCAUUGUUGUUGCUUAUGUAUCUUAUCUACCCCUCCCCCCUUUUUUUCCCAGUACUCCAUUAGGUGCCUGGUGUUUGUAUGUUCACGCAAUUCUCUUAGAGGUAUAAAAGUACCAUAUAUAACAAUUACACUGCCGUUCAUGUCAGUGGUUAUGUAGAAUUAUGUUUAAUUAUUAUGAGUAUGUCUGGUGUUACCUUAUUGUCAAUUCUCCUUUUUUUUCAUUUCUGUUGUGUGAUGAAUACAGUUUCUGUUUUUGUUAAUUGAUAUAUAAUUUGUUUCUAUGUGGUUUUGAGACAUGUCUAAAGAAAUAUUAGUAAGUUGCAAGUCAAAUGUGAAAACUUUUUCAGUUGAUGAAAUAGUGCAUUAUGUUGCCUCAUGUGAAUUUCAGUCCAUGGACAUUACUGGAAAAUUCUUGUAGCAACUGUAAAACAUUGCUUUUGUAAAACACACUUACAUAUAUCCUGUUAAAUUAGUGACAUAAUAACUUUUUAAUUAUAUGAAUUCCAUCAUGUGGCAUUUUGUGUGCAAGUUCAUUACUCAUUCUUGCUUUUUCUGUACUGGUAUUCUACAAUUUUAAAGUUUUCUCUUGUAAAGGUGUAAUUAUUAUCUUAUAUUGUUACUGUAGCAUGUCUAUCUAAAGUUAGGUUAAUAUUAUUCUUGCUCAUGUUGACAUAUUAACACUGGAAUGGUGACUAAAUAUUACUAUGCUCUAGAAAUGUGCCUGACAUAAUGGACUUAGGUACUUUAAAAUUUAUAUAGAUAAGUUUUCAUAUACACAGUGGCUCAGCCUUUUUUUUACCCCCUUUGUUACUGAUUUGGGUAAUCUUUUUGCAGCAGAUCCAUUUACAAUUAUCUCGGUGAAUAUUUCUAGUCAAAACUUUUUAAAUAAGACAGCUGAGGAAUUGUGUGCUUCUGAGCAACUAAAUAUGCCUGAGAAAUAUGUGCUUACAUCAUCAGUUGUGAAUCUAUGUUGAGAUGGUUGUUAUUUUGUUGUUAUAAUCAUGGAAAGCACAAAACUUGUGCACUGGCAUAUAGUAUUGUCUCUAAAAAUAUUCUGAUAGGUUUCUUGUUUUUAUAAAAAUAAAAACUUAAUAUUCAGUUUCUCAAUCAUCGUCUCAAGUCAGAAGUUAGAAGAUUUUGUAUUUAUUUGGUUUUUCCAUUUGUGUUUCUCUUUAUCUGUAUUACAUUGUCAAGGCAUAUUCAGCUGCACAUGGAACAUAUAGGUUCAGCUGAGUCUCAUGAUCAGAUGUAUCUAGUUUGUUCCCUUUAUUGCAUAAAUCAUUUGUUAUUCACUGGACAUAUAUUCAGAAUUAAUACUUGUUUAUGGCAGCAUUCUCAAAUGCAUAGAAUUACCAUAUUCCACCUAUAAAAUUAAUAGCCCCAUUUUCUUAAUUUGUAGGUGUUGAAAAAUAGCCAUAAGAUAUGCGAAUUUGUCUUCCUGUGUAUUUCUCCCUUAUCUAUGGUGAGUGAUGUAAGAUGUGAAUGGAUAAUAUAUUUUUCUGCAACACGCUGGUGCUUAGGGGAAGUAGUACUUCAACAAUAUUGAAUGUGGCCUCCAAUUUUCUCUACUGUUUGCUUUUCUUAUACUUCCAGAGCCUCACUGCCAAUAAUUGUAGUUCUAUUAUUUUCAGUCUUUUAGGUGAUAUAUAAUUGCAUUUGCUUCUCCACAUUCUGUUACUAAUGUAACUAUGUGUAACCAUGAGUUGUUGCUGUCAUUGUAUGGAAGAGGACUUGGCACGGUCUUGAAUAUGAUUAUAGAGUCGCCUUUUUUCUUUAAAGAAAUUGUCUGUUCAUAAAUUAAUCAUUCCAUUCUGUAGUGAAAUAAAAGACGCAAUCAGCUCUUCAUGUGCCAAUGUCCUCAUCAGUACAUGCAUCAUGCAUAUUUGUAGUAAAAUUGAUUUUUAUUUACUUGAUAUGUAUAUACAAGUGGGAUUGAAAUGUGCAGAGAAUGGUCUUUAUAUACAUAUAUCAAAAUCACAUCUGAAUGAAGAAUUCCUGAAAAUGUGGGAAUAUUUUCAUUUGGCUGUUAAAAUGUUAGUGUGUUUAUAUUGUGUGUGUGCGUGUGCAUGUGCUUCUGUAUAUAAGUAUGUCAGUACAUAAUUUUCAAAAACUGCCAGUCAGUUUAGAUGUAAAUAGUUAAGUCUUUGAAUAGUAUACAUGUUUCUUCAUUUUGUAGGCAUGGUAUGCCCUUUUUCUGUAGCAAACAGUGAUGAUGUGCAAAUGAAGUUGUUUUAUGUCACAUGUGCUUAUGGUUUCUGUGGACCAUUUGUGAAUGGAUUAAUCUUUCUUGUCCAGUAUGGCCGUCAUACAAUAUUUUGUGCCACCACUCACAAUCAAGUGUUUUACAUAGCAAUAAGAUUGCAAAUGCUAAAGCUGAAGUAACUGGUAUUUGGUGGAGGCUACUUUGCUACAUAUUAAGAAACAUGUGUCUUUUCUUGUUGGUUGUUAACUUCUGUUGUGAUAUUUACCUCACUUAUUUUAAAUGUUGUUGUAUUUAAUAAAUAGUUUAGUUUUUAAGUAUUCAAGUACUUCAUCUUAUUGAAACAUUAUUUAAUUGCACUCCCUUAAUUUCAAGGGAGCUGAUAUUGUAGUAUGGAUAAUAUUUAUCUGCUGCUUUGUUUUUCAUUUUGUGCUGGGGCAAAAAUCAUACUUUCUAUGAGAGAGGAAAAAAAAUUGCAUGUAUGAAUCUUGUUGAUCUGGUUUUAUUUGUUCAUUUUGAUGGACACUUCAAAGCCUGAAAUAUGUAAAGAAUCAAAAUGUAAUAGCUCUUGGUCUACAGGAAGGGAAAAACACCCACAGAGAUGUGGAAUGUUAGUUUUUGGUACUUACUUAUGCAAGCUUACUCUGCUCAUGUGAAUUUUAAAGAAAACCUUCACUAUUUUAUGAAGAGAAGAUGUGGGUACAGAAAAACUUGUGAGCGGUUUUCAAGAGAGUAGCACUUCUCAUAUAUUUGAGCAAAAUGUGGAAAACUGAAGCAAUAAUGAUUAGCUUUAAUGCAAUUUAUUUCUGUACAUUUGUCCACUUACAAAUAUAUUUCCAACUUUAAAUAAACAUAUAGUGGAAGUUAUGUGAAUUACAGCUAAUUGUGAAGCUAUGAAUUCCCUUAUUAGAAUGAAGUGUGGUGUCUGCUUUUUGAAGGUACGAUGUCAAACAUUUAACUCUCUCUCUCUCUCUCUCUCUCUCUCUCUCUCUCUCUCUCUCUCUCUCUCUCCCUCUCUCUCUCUCCUUUCUGGUGUUCCCUCCCUCCCUCCCUCCCUCCCUCUCCCUGUUUCUUUGCAUAUUUUGGUACAUUUUCAUUGGGGUACAGUUAAUUUACCUGUAGAUGAGAUAUUUAAUUUUGUAAGAAAUAGUUGAGCCAAAGUUUUCCAAUUUUCAGUAUUGUGUUAUGCAUUUUGUUAAAUAGUUUGGAGUUGCUCCUUUGUGACUCCACAUUUGUUGUGCAGUGACUACAGAGAUGGGCUUGUUUCUCUAUUCUGUGUGCAUCUGUAUCUGAGUUCUGGAAUCACUAAUUGUAAUGAAUGAUUAGAUGAUAGACAUACGGUUCCAUUUCAGAUAAAGUCAGGCUACUUUCUGCAAGCUGGGAAAAUUAUGUUGGUGGAUCAUCUGAUCAAUUUUACACACCCUAAAGAAAAUGCUGCUGUUAUUAAUGUUAUUUCUCAUAUUAAAUAUUCUGUAUGUUGGAUGAACAGGUGUGAGGGACUAUUCCUGAAAGUCAAAGCUUACGUUAAAGAAGAAACGCAUCUACAAUUCUACUAUAUUUAAAAGUAUAGUGAUUAACUAAUUUUACUUUUUUGUACUUUGGUGGGGGGAGAGUGGUAAGAGUAAAAUAUAAGCCUUGGGGGACCCAAAUAAAGAGACAGAGCCAACAUAAGGACCAUAGUUUUUCCUUUUAUGUCUCCUGUGUUUCAUUUUUUUUUUUUUGUCUUCUGUACCCAAUAUAAUUAUUUACAGUUGACACAAUGGGUUGAAGUCUCGCUUCCACUUUAGUGCAUAGCUGAGGAGUUUCUAGCUCUUUGUUGAUUCAUUUGUUUACCUUUGUAAGACAGAUCCACAUUUAACUUUAUUUUUGUAACUGAAAAGUAACUAUGGAACCACUGUUCCUUUAGCAACAAAAAUGUUGCCUGUGCCAGUGACAAUCUGAUACAGUUUUUUUAUAGUGUAACUCAAGCAGUAACAUUUUACUGUGAAUUGUGGAAAAAAGAACUUUGAGAAUAUAUCAUUAACCUCUCCCAUCCUCACAGUUUGUGCUGACUCACUUACGUAUGACUACAAGCUGCUUGACGUCAAAUAGUUUUAUUGUUGCUUCAACUGUGUAGUAAUCAUUAUGUCAAGAUUGGCUACUUACUACAAAUAUUCACAUAGCUUGUUUCAGCAAUUUAUUGUUAUCUUUCAGUGACAUUAUUGUACAGUCUUGUAGGAAUUCAUGUUCUGUCCCAAAUGAAUGCCAAGAAGAAAGUAUAAGAUUUCUUUAUUAUUACAAUUUGUGCAACCACUGGGUAACCUUACAAGAAACAGAUUCUCAUUGUUACUGAGUAGCCAGAAGCUAUAUCAUACUGGUGAAAUUUUAUUAGUGCGCAAGUAAGAACAUACUUUGUUAGGGGGAAAUAAUGACUGAAACCCCUUGCAUGGACUUUCGUUGCUAAAAAGAUAGGGACAGAGGGUAGGUUUGCUUUGCUUAUAUAUCAUUACAGAUUUAAUUGUGUUGAUAAUUACAUUCAUAUGAAACACAAAUAUACCAGAACAAUAACAUAUAAAUUUUGUAUUAGUGGUCCUAAAGAUCAGAAGUUUCAAUUUAAUGUGUAGGGAAGCAAAUAAUGUAAAAUUGGUGAUCACUCUACAUUAAUAUUAAGCAGCCACUAUGUGCUGAUUGCUCCCACUUAGAAUUAAACAGCAGGGUUUUUGGUUUCACCAUCCAUAUAGUGACCAUAUUGUGCUUAGUUGGUUGAAAGUAUUUGAAAAAUGAAUGCAAAAUCAACAAAAUUAUCAUCUUUCAACUAUAAAGCAGCACAGAAUUCAAACUGCUCAUAUUGACUCAUUUUGGUGAGAGCAUCCGAAGUAAUACAGCUUUUACCUGACAGAACAAGGAAAAGGCACUAAAAAGCAGAGGCAGAUGAAGUUAUUGUUACCUGAUAGAUUUCUUCACCACAAAUAUGCAAUAUGCGUUGAAAAAGCACUGCAGUUUGACCAGCUUCAGUUACUUAGUGUGCAAAAUGUAGGUCAAAUAUGGUCCACUAUGCAAGACUUUGUUUAUAACUGUUUCUGAAGAUAACCACAAUUCUCUCAAGUAAUAAUAUUUCUCUGACCUUUAUGGGAAAACUCAUUUAGACUUCAUUAUGAAAACUACCUCCAGUUUUAAAAAUAGUUGACAAUAUAACUAUGCUAAUAGAACAAGGUGAAAAUUGUGUAAUUGACAAAACAUUGAAAUUACGAUUAUCAUUUGUGGGGUGAAAAACUAAACAAAAAUAACUUAUGAGAUAUAAUUAGGGGUGAGGGAGAGGGUACUGUUAAGAAAACUAUGGCUUGUGCAGACUGACAGUGGGAUACUAAAAGGAAAAAAACCGGCUCACAGCUUCUUCUUUCCCCCCUCUCCCCCCAUCCAACUUUUCUUGUUUGUCAUGUGAUGGCCUCAUUUAUUAAUCACAUUCCUUUUCCACAGCCUUCUAUCUUCUUUGUUCUUCUUACUAUAGCUUCAAAAGGUGGAACCUUUUACCAAACACCCAAGAUAAAUUUCUUUAUUGGUGUAAUGUACUUGGAAAGAAUAACUUUUUAGCUAUAAUUGCUAACUGCAGAGGUCUGAAACCAGGUGUUCAGUGUAUGUGUCUUAUCCCCAACAUACAGUGUGUGUUCUUUGAUAAGCUGUUACCUUUUUUGUUUCCUGACAUCCCUCUAGUUUCUGAGAUUCCUUGAAAUGUUUUUGUGAAUGAUGGGAAUUAAAUGAGAGGACAGUUGAUUCAGAAAGCAUUAGUGUGCACAUUUAGACUGCCCUUUUUAGUAUUCCAGUUGAAUGUAUGAAAUAAACUAGCACAAGUUAAGUAUUAUUUGCAGAGUAAGUGUUUAUUCUACACUAAGUUGUGUGUUCCAUUUUGGACUAUUCUUUUCUGUUUUAUGAAGAAGUUGCAUUAUUGCAUUGCCCACAGCAGACUCGUACCAGGUUGGGUGUCUUAAUUGGAAUAGCUCUUAAUUUGUCUUUUAAGUUCCUAACAGAUUUGAAUCAUGAUGCUGUGAGCCAUAAGGGAAUCAAGUAUACACAAAAUCAUGUUUGUACAAGAUGUAUGUGACUUCUUCCCAUAUUGUAAAUAUUGGUAGAAUUUGAUAUGGAGAAUAAUGUGUAAUAUAAAAAUUAAACACUGCCAUUGUAAUAAAGAUUCAUGGAAUGCAAA